GAAAAAUGACUGAAAACAUUGACGGAACAUUAAAAGUAAAUGAAAAUGAAGGAAUAAUUGCUGUUGGUAGUUUAGCAGAGCUUGCUGACCUUUUAGCUAAUAUGUCAUCUGAGCAGCUAAAAAAUGUUCAGCUAGAUCCUAUCCUUUACAAUGCAUUAUCUCAGACUAUUGAGCCUGAGUUGCAGCUUCCAAUAGAUAUACCAGAAAUAGAUAUGUCUACUGUAUCAAUUGUUAGUGAUGUUGCAAUUCCUUUAGAAGAAAUUGUUUCAAAUGCAAUAAUUUUACCUAAUUCAAUUCCAAUCAGUAACAUUAAAGCUUUUGAAGGUGCUGUUCAACAUCCACUUCAUUCAACUGUAAAUCUACAAAAUUCAUUCAAUAUAGACCAACCAACAGAAAAGCAAAUAGAACACAGAGCAAAACAAAUUUCAAAUUUAUCAAAUAAAGAAUUUUCAGGAGAAAGUCAGUCAUUGAACAUACAUGAUCAACACUCUGAAACUAAAAACAUAAAUGCACCUAUAGUAAUAAAUUUUCCUGAACCUGGUAUAAAACAAAGUUUUCUUAAAAAUUUACCAUCAGUGACUUCAUCGCAACCUCAAAAACAGUUGAACACUUCAGUUAAAUCUUCUAUAUUUAACACAAAUCUUUCACUACCAAAACAAAAAGAAAAAGUUUUAUCUAAUAGUCCUCACCUGUCUUCACCUUCAGCACUUCAAAGUACACCAACAGCACAAAAAAAAAGUAAUAUAAAAGAUAAAAAUAAACAAUCUUUUAAGAGUGAAGAUGAUAAAGAACUUAAUAUGGCCAAGGUCUUAAAUUUCAGUGUUAGCAAAGCAAGUACUGUCAGUGGUAUCAAUUCUUCACAACCACACACAGUUUCCAUUCACUCAUCCAUUCAUAAACCUCAAACAAAUGUGCGUUGUAGCAACUUUUCUAAUAUCAGUAAAGCAAAUGAAAAUUUUCAAAAAAAUACAGCAAGAGUUGCCUCAGUGUAUAACAGUUCUUGUAUUAAUAGCUUAAAGAAUUCUCCCCAAAAUCUGCAGUAUAAAACUGCAGCAGCAACUAAAUUAGUAGAUUCAAAUUUUUCAGUUAGUAGCUCAUUGGCAUCUAAAUCACCUAAUGUUGCUUCUUUAAAUAAAAAUUUUACUCAAAAUAAACUUUUAGCAUCUAAUGGCAAAAAAGUAUCUCCCAAUCAAAUACCUCAAAAUCAAGUUUGUGAAGAAGUUGAUGAAGUUGAAGAAAUACGAAAUGCAAUUCUCUCGAGUAAAGUAUCUGGAGAGGAUGCUUUAAGAGAGCUUGCUAAGCUAGAAAUUGAAAAUCAAAUGAAGCGUUUCAAAAAGACUGUCCCAAAAAUUUUUAAAAAGGAAGAACAAGAAGGAUCACCCUAUAAUUCUUCUGCUUCUAAAGUCGAAAUAUUUAAUAAAAGUCGAGAGUUAUCUGAAUCUAUUUUGGGUAAAAAAUCACAAAAUCAAGGUAACCAAGGUAUUAUACAUAAAAACCAAUCAGAUGAGCCAAGAAAGCGAGCCAGACCGAAAAAGUUUGAUGAUUUUGUUUUUGAAACAGAGGUUAAAAAAGAAAAGGUCGAAAUAUUAAACCAAAAGUUUGAGUCAUCAAACCAAAAAGUAGAGUUAAACCAAAAAUCUGACACAUUAAACCAAAAGAUUGAGCUAUUAAAGGAAAAAAUUGACCCAUUAAAAGAUAAGAUUGAACAGUUAAAAGAAAAGGUUGAACCAUUAAAAGAAAAGGUUGAACCAUUAAAAGAAAAGGUUGAACCAUUAAAAGAAAAAGUUGAACCAUUAAAGGAAAAGAUUGAACCAUAUAAAGAAAAGGUUGAACCAUUAAAAGAAAAAAAUGAACCAUUAAAAGAAAAAAUUGAAAAGGAAAGGAUUGAGCCAUUAAAAGAAAAGAAAAAUAGAUAUUUUUUUCCUAGUAGUAGCAAAGAAACCUCUAAACAAAUCAAUCCAUCUGUUUCUAGUUUACCAGAAAUAAAUAACAAGUCUGAUAAUAGUUCCAUAAGCAUAAAAAAAGCUGACUGUUUAAAUAGUCAAAAUAGUUCAGCUGAAAUAAAAUUUGGAGAAUGUGUUGAAACACAAAAAGAGGUUGCUAAAAAAGAAAUUAUUACCUCCAAUAUUGACAAACAUACAGAAAAGAAAAAAAUAUCACAGUUAAAUAAAAAGAAGAAAAAAAAAAGUAAAAAAAAAGCUAAAAUAGCAUUUGAGCCAGAAGUUCUUCCAGAACAUUUAAAAAAACAAAAAGCCAAACAACCAUGUAACCCAGUUAUAGACUUAAAUAAAGUACGACUUAAAUCUGCUUAUGAUGAAUCCAACUUUUUGUUAGACAACACAGUAGAGAUUGAAGUAUUUAAAGCCCUUCAUCGAACAGGAUGGGAAUGCACAAUGUGUGGAAAACCUGGAAACAUUGGAGAUCUUGAUGUUUUAUUUGGGCCAUAUAAAGUUAAUAUUAGAGACAGUGAUGAUAAAUUGGAGGUUUGGUUACAUAGAGAUUGUGCAAUAUGGACAUCAACAAUUUGCUUAGCCAACCAAACACUUUGUGGUGUUGGGGAUGCAUUGCAACAUGCAGCUAAAACGAAGUGCAGUUUGUGUUCACGACUUGGCGCAACUUUAGAAUGUUGCUCAAAACAAUGUAGAGAUGGAUACCAUUAUAUCUGUGCACGUCAAAGAGGAUGCACAUUUAACGAAAAUUUCACUAUUACAUGUCCAAAACACAAAUAAAAAAAUAAGAACGUUCCCGAAAUCAAGAUAUUUACACAGUUUUUAUGAAGACAUUGAGUUUUUAUGAACACAUUGAGUUUUUUUGAAGACAUUGAGUUUAAAUACUAAUAUAUAACAACUAGCGAUGCUUUCUGUGGCGAAAGGCUAAAAGAAUAGCCAGAUAAUAAUCAUUUGGCGAAAUUAAAUUAGUAGGUUACUGUUAAAUAAAGUAUUGACUUUAUUUGCAAGAAAGUUGGCAAUUUUGUGUAUGACCAAGGUUAAAAAAUCUGUGUAUGACCAAGGAUACAUUUAAAAUAAUCACAACAAAGAUUCUUGUAGAUUUAAUAGAUGAAUUAAAAAACAGUUAGCUGAAAUUUUCUGAUUGCAUUGCUGGGCGACUAACUACUACUUUUUUGUAAUUUUAGUCGUCCGGUUCUGCUGGACGACCUUAAACGUAACGCCGCUGACAGCACGUCUAUAAUAAGGCUGUAUUUGUUUUAAGAAACCGACGCAGUGAAAGAGCGUUUCGCAAGCAAGAGAACUCGCAUUUGAUCCUAUAUAUUUGAUCACUUUUCUUGUGGUAGCAGCUUAACUUAUAUUUUUGCGCAGCGUAAAAAAGUUACUUUAUCAUUUGCAUAAACAGUAUCUUUAAACUUAAUGUAGUCAAAAAAAUUUUAAUCUCAA